CCCGAGGAGGCGAAAGAGGCGGCGACCACAUCUCGAAGUCCUCCAGAAAGUUUCUACUGUACAGGAAAACAAAACAAAAAAAGCAAAAGCAAAACGAGGUCCCCGCCCUGGCCAGUCGCGGCGGAGAACGAGCAGUUUUCCUAGAAGGAACCAGAAAAUCCGGAAAUUGUGCAAGUACUUGCGAGAAGGGGGGAGCCUUUGCAAUCCCCCCCUCCCGCCGGAGGAACAUCCAUUCCUUUCCUCCUCCGGCCCUCCCGGGCGAGCUGGGGACGAGGAGCCAGACAGGCGUCUGCGAAGGGGCCGAGCAGCUGGAAUUUGGCCUCGGAAAGGGCGCCGGUGGCAACGAAGGGCGCGCCAGUCCCCUCCCACGAAAAGCGGGGCAGGAGAGGAGACCGUCGGCGAGCCUUCCUUUUCUUUCGGGGUUAUUCCCCGUCUCUUCUUCCUAACUUUUUUUUUUUUUGGUUUUGGAGCAAGUUGAAAGGCGUCUGGCCCUCCCCCCCCCUUCGCAGCCGAGGCGGCGGUGGUGGGGAGGUCGCGGUGCGCCUCAGGAGCCGGCUCUUUGGGCAAACUUAGUUUUUGUCAAGGGUGCGUGAUUUAUUUAUUUUUAAUUUAUUUUUGGAGUGGGAGACAGAACCUCGAAGUGGGGCAGCUGCUCUGGAGCACUUCGCCUCCGCUGGUUUGGUUUCCUCCUCCCCACCUGAUGGGCAAAAGCCUCCCAUGGCUCUGAGCAAAGGGCUGAGGCUGCUGUGGAAGCAGGAACCCACUCCGAGCGCCCUACUGGAGGCCCGCGGCCGCCAGGACUGCCUGCUGCUGGAAGCCGGCACGAUAGCCACCCUCACAUUUGAAGAAAAAGAAGCAAUUAAAGGGCAAUAUGAGAAGCUUAUGGAUGCUUAUGGAUGCUUAGGCGAGCUCCAGUUAAAAUCUGGCAACUCCACUUUGCAUUUCCUGGUUCUUGUGACAGGCUGUAUAUCAGUGGGAAAAAUCCUUGAUACUGAAGUUUACAAGAUCACAGCUACUGAAUUUUGUGCUCUACAAGAAGAAACUAAAGAAGAAGAUCGUGUCUCUGCCUUGAAGAAACUUCUGAAUUCUGGGGUUUUCUAUUUUUCCUGGCCAAAUUCAGGAUCAAACUUUGAUCUCACUAUCCGAGCCCAGGAGAAAGAUGAUGAUAGCUAUCAGACUGGAAAUUCAUUUUUCUGGAACCAGCUAUUGCAUGUCCCUUUUAAACACUAUCAGGUGAACUGUUCAGACUGGCUUCUAAAAGUGAUUUGUGGUGUGGUGGACAUUCGUACUCUUUAUGCCUCUCACAAGAAGGCAAAAGCCUGUCUCAUCUCCCGGAUUAGUUGUGAGCGAGCUGGUGCCCGGUUUCACAUACGAGGAGUCAAUGAUGAUGGUCAUGUUUCUAACUUUGUUGAGACGGAGCAGACUAUCUAUUUGGACAUGGAUGUUUCUUCCUUUGUUCAGAUCAGAGGUUCAGUUCCAUUAUUCUGGGAGCAACCUGGAUUGCAGGUUGGUUCCCAUCAUCUGAAGCUUACCAGAGGUCUGGAGGCAAAUGCUCCUGCUUUUGAUAAGCAUAUGAUACUUCUGAAGGAGCAAUAUGGCAAACAAGUGAUCGUUAAUUUGCUAAGAAGCAAAGGGGGAGAGGAGGUCCUCAGUAGGGCUUUCAAGAAAUUGCUUUGGGCAUCAUCUCAUGCAGUAGACACACCAAUGAUUAAUUUUGAUUACCAUCAUUUUGCAAAAGAUGGGAAACUGGAGAAUUUGCUGGGGCCCCAGCUAAAACUGCACUGGGAAGAACUGGGUAUCUUUACAAAAAAUGAAAAUGGAAGUUCCCGUCAACAGAUGGGUACCAUUCGAAUGAAUUGUCUGGAUUGUCUAAAUCGAACUAAUACCGUCCAAACCUUCAUAGCACUUGAGGUUCUCCAAAGUCAACUAGAAAGCCUGGGAUUAAAUUCCAAACCUAUAGUUGAACGUUUUUUGGAAUCUUACAAAGCAAUGUGGGCUCUCAAUGGGCACAAUCUAAGCAGAAUUUUUACAGGCAGCCGUGCUUUAGAAGGAAAAGCUAAGGUUGGGAAAUUCAAAGAUGGUGCCCGGUCAGUAUCACUGACCAUUCAGUCAAACUUUUUUGAUAGCGUGAAACAGGAAGCCAUUGAUUUACUGCUUAUGGGUGAUUUUUACAAUGAAGAAGAGAGAAUGCUGCUGGAUCAUACGGCAUUACUGAUGACACCAAGCACUUUGAAAAUCAUGUCAGAGCGUCAAUUUGAAUUCACAAACUUCAAGAGAAUUCGUGUUGCCAUGGGGACCUGGAAUGUAAAUGGAGGCAAACAGUUUAAGAGUAAUAUCCUUGGUACCAGCGAAUUAACAGAUUGGUUACUUGAUUCCCCUAAACUCUGUGGGGUUUCAGAGUUUCAAGAUGAUCAUUGUCCCGCUGAUAUAUUUGCUGUAGGAUUUGAAGAAAUGGUAGAAUUAAAUGCUGGCAAUAUUGUGAAUGCAAGCACAACCAAUAGGAAGAUAUGGGGAGAACACAUUCAGAAGGCUCUUUCAAGAACACAUCGAUAUAUUCUGUUGACCUCAGCACAGCUUGUGGGUGUUUGCCUCUUCAUUUUUGUAAGACCUUUCCAUGUUCCCUAUAUAAGGGAAAUAGCAGUGGACACAGUAAAGACUGGAAUGAGAGGAAAAGCUGGAAACAAAGGAGCAGUUGCCAUCCGUUUCCAAUUUCAUUGCACCAGCUUAUGCUUUGUGUGUAGCCACUUGACAGCUGGUCAGUCUCAGAUAAAAGAACGGAACGAAGACUAUAAAGAGAUCACUCAGAAACUGAGUUUCCCGAUGGGAAGAAGUAUGUUUUCUCAUGACUAUGUUUUCUGGUGUGGUGAUUUCAACUAUCGCAUUGACUUGACUUAUGAAGAAGUAUUUUAUUUUCUUAAACGACAAGACUGGAAGACUCUCCUGGAAUCUGAUCAACUGCAGCAACAGAAAUCUAGUGGAAAGAUUUUUAAGGACUUUCAUGAAGGAACUAUUAAUUUUGGUCCCACAUAUAAAUAUGAUGUUGGCUCUGAGGCUUAUGAUACAAGCGAUAAAUGUAGAACUCCAGCAUGGACUGACAGAGUUCUUUGGUGGAGGAAGAAACUUCCAAUUGAUAAAACAGCAGGACAAGUCAGUCUUCUUGACAGUGAUCUCAGCGUUGAAACCAAAGUCAGACCCAUUUGGUCUCCUGGUGCCUUGAUGUAUUAUGGAAGAGCUGAGCUCCAGGCCAGUGACCACAGGCCUGUUUUAGCUAUUGUGGAAGUGGAAAUGCAAGAAGUUGAUGUGUCUGCUAGGGAUAAUGUUUUCCAGGAAGUAUCAUCAUUUCAGGGACCUCUAGAUGCUACAGUGGUGGUGUCUCUAUUGUAUUGUUCCCCUGAAGAGAAAGAUGAAUUUCCUGAGGAUUGUCAAAUGGAGCUUAUGCAAAUCUUUGAGACUUAUGGCACUGUUGUGCUUGUCAGGAUCAAGGGAGAUCAAAUGUUGGUUACAUUUUCAGACAGCAGAUCUGCUCUUCACGUUCUUGAUGUGGAUGGCAUCAAGAUUAAAGGCAGGAUUGUGAAGAUUUGUCCUAAAACCAAAGAUUGGCUGAAAGGCCUUCAAGAGGAAAUUGCUAGGAAACGCGACAGUAUUGCUCCUAUGUCACCCACAGCAAAUUCCUGUCUGCUGGAAGAAAACUUUGAUUUUUUAAGUUUAGAUUAUGAAUCAGAAGGUGAUAUCUUAGAUGAGGAAGAUGAUUAUUUGGAUGAAACGUUGCGUCCCGGACCAUUUGAAACAGAAACAGUAUCAACAAUGGAAGAAUUGGGAGAUGGAUCAGAAUAUGUGAGCAUGGCGUCUACCAUACAUGCAAACAAGUCACAUGUCGCUGGAAGAAAACCAUGUCUGUAUAAAGAUGAUGCUGACUUGGUUGAACUGAAACCAGAGUUUGAAGGAAGUGUGGAGUUCUGUCAUCGCUCCCCAAACAGGUCUCUAUCCGUGCCCGGUAGACCUCGGCAGCCUCAGCCUCCCCAGCGACCUCCCCCACCAGCUGCAGUGCCCAUUAAAAAAUCCCCAUCAGAUGGUUCCAUCUCUUCAGGAAGCUGCUCCUUGUCCUCCAUUUUGGAUACAGCAAAGCUUCUUCCAGGAGCACCACAGCACCCUCCAAAAUCACGAACUGGAAUUAGUAAGCCGUAUAACGUAAAACAGAUCAAAACCACCACCCCAGAAGAAGCCGAGGAAGCUAUUCGGUGUCUGAUGCAAGCAAAAGGAGUGACACCCCAGGAAUCCUUGGCUUCCAUUCCGGCAAGAACUCAGACUGUGACUAAACCUGAAUUCAUUCCCGGUGGCCCAAAGCCAGCACCUCUUCAGGGCCUCCAGCCAGCCCCAGUUCUCAUACCACAGCGCCCCCCACCUAAAGUCCCAGCUACAAAAAAACCUGCACCUUUGCAGAAGAUGGGAGUUAAACCAGGAUGUGUAAGUGACAGUCCUCAUUCUCCAGAAGAGCAGCUUGAACAAACCUUGGGUCACUUCUCCUCUGCGUCCCCAGAAUCAUGUCUCGAAACCACACCUGUUACUGGUUCCCUUAAGACUGUCCCCAUUCCUAAACCAAGGACAAUGCAUCCUGGCAAAAUCGUUGAGAGGAGCAGCAGCAAUGAAAAGCAAGCAACUACCUUGUCUCUUUUAGAGGAAAGUUCUCAUAUUCCUUCUCUGAAUUUGACUCGGGCUCCAAGAGUUCCCCCUAGGAGAAAGAAGUCGGCUCCUCCUGAUUUUCAUCUGCAAGUACUCCAGAACAGCAACAAUCUGUUUCUAAAAGGGCUGACAUUCAAUUCCAACAAUAACAACUUUCCAGCACAUUUUUCCACAACGCAGGAUUUUGAUGCAUUUCCAUCUUCUCUGAGUGAACCCUCUCUGCUUGCUUCGACAGUUGUGAUUAGCUCAAAAGACAAUGAUGCUAAGCUAUUGAGGCAGACUGAUUUAGAGUUAGUUGGUGACCAACAGCCAACUCCUCCCUUACGGAUUCAGCAACAACAGCAAGCUUCAGACAAUCAUUGUCCAAUGGAAAACACCAAUUUGUUAGACCUGGAAGUAGACUUUGUUGCUUGCCAGCCAGUGGUUCAGCCAUUACCAGCGAAUCCAUCUCCUGCUUCACAAAAUUUGAAACACUCCUGUCCAAGGGAUUUCAGCCAUUGGGUCACAUUUGGAGAAGAAGGCAACAGUAGUACUAUAUCUCAGGGCUAAUUAAGCUCUGAUCUCAGUUUAAAAUUAUGAACUUAUUUUUGUACUUUUUUCCUAGAAAAGCCCAUUAUUUUCUAAACUUUAUUAUAGAAGGAAAUAAAUUCAGCAAAUCAUGUACGGCAGCGGUCGCCAACCUUUGCGGCUUGGAGGUUGGAUGGGAGAGGAGAACUGGGCCGCGCAAGUGGUGGCCCACUACGCACAUUGGCCCAUCACUUGUGUGAAUGGAGCUGUGCAUGCACGUGCUGGUCCGCCACAUACGCAAGUGGAGCUGCACAUGUGUGCUGACCCAUUUCUCACAUAGCCUGUUUCUAAAUAGGCUACAGCCUGGUAGUGGGCCAUGGCCCAGGGUUUGGGGACCCCAAUUUAUGGUUAUAGCACUCAUCUCUCCUCACUCCUCGGUGAUUUCUGGUUUGAGUUUAAUAGUAAAUUCAAUAACAAAUAUUUAUCAUAUGCAUGUGUGCUAUAACGAGGCCUGCUCCAAUUACUCUUUACUUACACUUUGCUCAUUUCUGAAUUCCAUGCCACAGGUGGUUGCUUGCUCUAGUUUUUUACUGUAAAAAGAUGGGACAGUUAAUUCUGCUUUAUAUGCUAAGAGGUACUCUGUCAUUCUUGACCCAUCUACAUGCUUAGAACCAUGGUUCACAGCCUUAAAUUAUUUUUAUCCUUGCAAAGUAGGAACAAAUUUGCAUUUCAAAAAGACCUGUUGGUAAGAGCAAAAAUGAUAAUCUGAUUCUGUCUAGUAAUAGCUGUCCUCAAUAAUAUAGAGGGAAGUCCAGGGUGGUUUUAGAAGUGGUGUGGUAAACCUGGGGCUGGUAAUAUCCAAAAUACCCAUUCAAGUUUAACCUGUGAUAGAAAACCUUCUGGAUAUUAGAGAUAUGCCUGUAUGAAACAUGGAAAUAUGUACUCUGCGUAAUGUGGUUAUAGAUCUAGCUUGUUUUGAAUAGGAGCCUAAAGGGGUGAAGACGAGAGUUAUUCCCUUACAGAUCACCUCAUAGGAUAAACCAUUGUUAAUUUUCUAUUACAUAGGAUAGAUCUGAUUUAUUAAUAUGAAUCCAGAUUGAUAUGAAUAAGAGUGUAUUUUCCAUGGAAGAAACUACCUAAAUAUGAUAUAGGUAGGAAAUAACACAGGUACAUAUAUGAGAGGCCUCUUCCAUUUUUAGUAUUUAAAUCUCAAGUAUUCUUAGCCUAAUAAAAUGUCCAGUGGAUUAUUGGGAAAAAAACACUAAUUACUAUGUGGACUGAAAGGCUAAUAUUUUUAUGCACAAUCAUUUUACAUCUUUUACAACGUAAAAGAUGCAAUGAUCUAGCUUUACAGUUCAGGUGAGAAAUGAAAAUCUAGGAUCUGAUUUGUAAUUUAAUAGAGAAAAAAUUACGUUGCUUUAGAACCACUAGUGUCGCAACGUAUUGUGACUUUUUUUGCAUUGCCGGAGCUGGGGUCAGCACAGCCAGGCCGGCAGCUUGACACCGCUGCUUUAGAAGAAGCAACAAAGUUUAUGAUUUCCUUUCUUCCUAGGGAGGGAAUGCAACAUGUAUUUUUGGCUUUUUUUUAUUCUGUUAAUAUUAAAAAUGUGGUUUAUGAAAAACAAGUCUUGGCCUAUUCCUGUAUAGGUAUAUAUACUAUGCAUGGCUAAAGGUUAAUUAGCUAACACGAUGCUAUUGUUUUUAUUAAACAAAUCUUUAAAAAAAUAAAGUGCCAAAUCAGAUAAGUUAUUGUGGUUUCCAUUUCCCUGCAUCAAGUCAACCAUUAUACUACUGUAAGCAACAUUUCAAAAAUUGAAUCAAAUAUUGAAAAGGAGGGUACAUAGCAAUUGCUUACUAGAAGACAUACUUUUAUGCUCUCUAGAUGGGUUGCCUGUAACUCCCACGAUCUCCCUCUGGUUGUCGCCCUUGGCAUGGGACAGCUGGUUAGGGAAGAUUGCUCUAACCCUCCCCUUUAAUAAGGAAACCACAAGCGUCACUGGUUAUUUAUGGCUGCAUGUUAAGAUGAAAAAUGAACACCUAUUAAAAGGAAGCCUAGUGUACUGUUACUGACGAUAUUCUCUGCCACAUAGAUAAUUUAACAGCUUUGUGGCAGGUCAUUUACAUGCUAAUAAAAGCAUUUGAAAGCAAGUCAAUUUAAGUGACUUUAUAAAUUGCAAAUGAAAGUUAUUUUUAUUGCUCUACUUGAAGUGGUAUCCGGCUUUCCGCACUACAUUGUAUAACUUGCUGCCUAGCGAGAUGCCUCAUUAAAACUUGAAUCUUUCUGGUAACAUACUCUGUGCAAUCAAUUGCAAUUUAUGCCACCUACCCUGAGCAAAAAUGGAACAGGCAAAUGUUGCAAUAAAUAAAAGUCCUGAGCAGUUUUUAAAAACAUUUCUUCCACCGAGUAAAAUAUAACCUCUGAAAAUGUUUAAUAAAAAAAUACUGGUUAAAUGUAUAGAAAGUCACAGGCAAUGUCGGAAAGCAAAGCUGAAUUUCAAUUACUUCAUUCAAGACCAGAUCAUAGUCAUACCUUAAUCGACUCAACACUAGUAGCUUUAUGACGCUACUGAGUCAUGUAUCCAUUUAGACACAGUGUUCAUAGAUUUGAUAUCAUGAAUAAUUCACAUAUUGUUUACUUCGUUAUGUAUAAAUUGCCUAGGAUAGGUAACUUGUUAGAAAGUUUUAUUCUGGAAAAAUAAUUUAUGGUGGUUUUUUCCUAAAAGUGUAAUGUUAUAACGGUAGGUAGCAAUGUAAUGAUCAAGUAUUUAUUUUUUAUGUUUACGACAUGCCCUUUUUUAAAUCAGUUGCAUUAGUAAAAAAUAAAUAAAGAUUUGCCUAAAAAA